AUGUUCUUCUUCUUUCUAUUUGGAGCUAAAUCGUUCAAAAAAGAGCUUAAACAAUAUGACGGUAAGAGAGUCUACUGUCCAAGAUGUCACAACAUCUCGAUGCAAUAUGUUCGCAAUUGGAAUUUCAUCACCGUGUUUUUCGUCCCAAUAAUCCCAUUCAGUUUCUAUAAAGAACUCUACUGCCCUAUAUGCGGUAAUCAUACGAUGGAUGCCAACAUCGUGUGA